UCAAAAUGGAGGCUAAAGGGACUCUUAUUGACUGAGUGACUUAUUUAUUGGCAGAGCAAACAAGUGAAAGAGUUGAUCAAGGUGAGAGCCAUAGGUGAAAUGAAGAUAUGGCAUAGAGAUAUGGUUCAUAUAGGUCAAACGUAUUCAACAUAACGUUGUAGUUUGUUUUGUGUGUGUGUGUGGUAUGGCCACCUGUGGGGACAUAUGUAUAAAACACUGUUGUUGUGGGGACAGUUUUUGUCUGAGUUGAACGUUUUGGAGUUAGGAUUAGAAUUAGGAUGAGGAUUGAGUUUAAUGGCUCGUGCAUGCUAACGACUUCAGGAGUGAAUUGUUUGUGCUUGGUUUGUCCUUGCAGAGCUCAGCAGUAAUCUCGUGGGGAAUGUUUGGACGUUGUACACAGCAAGUCCCACUGAAGGCGUAAAAGUUACAGCUUUUACGUGUUCCCUUUGCACGUCUGUCUCUCUCUCUCUCUCUUUCACUCUCCUUCUUUGUGUGUGUGUGUGUCAGUGGUUGGUUUGUUAACCUCUGAGCUUAUCAUGCUCCCAGUGUACUUUGACCCUGCUGUCUCUAUCCCUGUAUGGGACCUGUAUUCAUUCAUUUCUACCUGACUUUAUUGUGAACCACAACUUCUAAUGAGAGCAAAUGAUUAUCAAAUGAUUACGUGUCAUUCAGACAGUUACUCCUUGCGAUUAAACACUGAUGAACACAUCCACUUUCACAAGCAUUCAUGUUAGUGUGUGUGUUGUUAGCAGAGCAGAAAACAAAACGCUGGUGAGUGGAUGUUUGUUUAUGUAAGUUCCAAUAAUAACAUGUGCUGCAAUUGUUGUCAACCUUUGACCGUGGACCAUGUUUUCAAAAGCCAGUGUGUAACCGUGAAGGCUGAGUGUUUAACUUCAGUUUGUAAUACACCACAGGCGACGUUCCUGUUCCUCCUCGGUUUAAUAUAAUACUGCAACAUAAACUCAUCAGAGAAGGAUUUUUUUUGUCUUAUGGUGCAGCUAAGGUCUAAACCUUUUACUGACAGUUCACUCACUCUUGAUGAAUGCGCCUUUUCUGCUAAGAUUUGAUGUCCAACUAACUUCUGAUUUAAAAUCCCACAGUUUAUUGUUUUAUUUUCGAUAAACUUUCCAUUAAGGGCAGUCUAUACCAGUAUGUUUAUGGGAAAUCAAGCAUAUCAUAACCGAGGUUAUAAAAACACUAUGACUAUACAAUAUUUGAAGUCACUUCUGAAACCAGCAGGUGACAGUAUGGUUGACUUAUAUGCCAUUUAGUGAUGUGUCUUUUUAACAGAAUGUGAAAGUAACUGAGUAGAACAAAUACCUGUAGCUGAUGUGAAAUAGUACACACCGAGAUGCCUUUGUGAAGGACAUACUGUGUCUGUGGCGAGUGAAGUAAACCAUUGACAAUAGGUCAUCUAUGCAGUAGUGACUUUCUUAAGCAGAAUACUCCAAGCCACUUUUUGUAAUAAUCUGACCAAGGAGCUCCAGGCCUUUGCAGAGAAGCAGUGAAGGUAUUGAGUCACACUGACGAUUGGCUUUGGCUGAGCUCGUAGGUUUGCUCCUCUCUUACUGUCUUGCUGAUUUAAAUUUGAAAAUUUCAAAGUGUUCCAGUGUGUGGCAGCGAGUGGCACGCUGUAUAUUAGCAGCGGACGUAGCCGUCAGUAGCUAUUAGUCAGCAGCAGUGAAAGAUGCCGCAGUGUGCUCAGCUGCUUCUCAAAGUAAGAUCUUAAGAAUGGAUGUCCAGGAGAAAUCAAGGCUAAAUCUCGCUUGAGAUUUAAAUGUUUUUACACUGAUAGUCUACUGUGGUCUUUGACAAAACAUGAAACAUUUUCUUAAUUAGAACUUUAUUGUUAGAAAAAGAAUAGAUGGCAAAUUGCACAUGGGUGGAUGUCACUUUUUUGGUCACAUUCUCAAUGAGAGGUUUAAUAAAAUCAGUACAUUAUUUUAAAAAGGGCCAACACUACUGAAUAAGACCACCAAAUGCCCAGGUGAAUGUUUAUUGAUGUUAUAAAAUGUAAUAAUAGUUCUUGGAAAGUUGUUGCACAAGUGUUGUAAUGCUGAGUGAGUGAAAGAGGAGCCAGGAAAAUGGCCGACUACUAGACAAACACUUUCUUCUGCUUUACUUAGAUUUCACAUUCUUACUCUUAUAUAGAACUAAAUGUAUUGCUUUAUUUAUUGUAUAUAAUUGCCUAGUAUCAGCCUUCUUAUCAUUUAUUUUGUCUUGCAAGACACAGAGUACGGUAGUCUCCAGUGUAGUCUGGUGUUUGGACUGAGCUGCACUGCCACCAAUUGGCAGCCAGUGUAGGUGAAACAAAAAAGUUUUCAGAUCAUGAUGGCCAGACAGAGGGCUGAAGCCAGAGAGCAGUUUUGUAAAAUACAUUUAAAAUAAUAAUAACUGUAUUUUUUCAUGCCCACAGAGAUAAUCAUAGACUUAAAACACUUAAACUUUUAUCAUGUAUCAUAUUAAUGAAUGACUCCAAGUGACUGCUCUAAAAGCCUGUCGUAACAGUUAAUCAAUGUCUCUCUCUAGUGGGUGAGAGAGGGAGAAAACACAUCAUCUGUUAUUGUUAAACUUUUUUCUAUUAUGUCUAGCUUUUCUUAUUCCUUGUCUGACCUUUAGUCAAGAUCAAAGAGUUAAGAUACGUUACCUGUAAGCCUUUUGGUAAACUAUUCAGCAACUUUUUAUGGUCUUUGCUUAGGUUUUUCCAAGGAUAAGAUAACCUUUAGUCAUUUUUGCUUACACUUGUCUAGAAGCAUUGACAUAACCCCGGUGUAGUGCCCAGAGAUACAUGGCUAGACUUUUCACCGUUGUGAGACUUGUGACAUUAUCCAUAUACAUUGGGUUAUCUUUAUAAAAAAAAAAAAAAAAGGAAACCUGUGUUUUCUUAAUGUGUGAAAAUGCAUUUGUGCGCCGGUUAAUUGUAAUAUCCGUUGUUAAUAUCCGUUCGCAUACAAUGUAGAGGAACAUAGCUACAAUUUAUGCAUACACACUUGACGCAUGACACACAGUAUGACAUAUAGACAUAGCAUAAUUUCAGGAAAGGUAUAUAAGGGAAACAACGUAACUGUGAGCUUGUGUGUGUCUGUGUGUUUAUCUUCUUCAUCUGUGGUGGACUUAGUUUUUCUAAGCAAAUACUGCUGUUAUAUAUAUAUAUAUAUAUGUGUGUGUGUGUGUAUAUAUAUAUUAAACCAGGUGACCACCAGAGGACAGCAUGAUGUCUUACCUAAUACCAUAUUCCUAUCGACCAGACCCUUUAUCUGGAUGUAGAUCAUAAUUGGCAAUUUGCUGCAUGUUGCCCUUGUCGGGAAUCCUCAACCGAAUUAUAUUGUUCACAUUAAAUAAAGAUACGGCCCAUAUGUAUUAUAUACUGCAAUGGUAGCCGUAGCCAAUGUUCCAUUACUUGAAAAUAGAAUAGUUAAUGCUUUACAGGCUUUUAAAAAACCUUGUAACCGUGCCUAUAAAUAUUACAUGAAUGUGCUUUAAUACCUCCUUCCACACCCAAGAGAUUUUAGUGCCAUUGUUACGACGUUGGCCAAUAAAAACUCCUCCAGUGUUUACACAUUAUAGUCAUGCACGUAAUUACACAACAAAGAUUUAGAGAGAAAUAUGGGAAAGGGGAAGAUUGAAAGGGUGUUGGCAAGGAUUGGUUGGCAGAGUGAUGAGAAAGCAAAUUAGCAAGGAGUAAAGGAAGUUGUUAAAAUGCCCUCACCACCAGAAGAUCCAUAUAAGAGUUCCUGACACCUGAUGACAGUCCUUCACGCUGGGAACAUCAGCAAUAACGUGUCAAGAAGAAUUAGCAGGAAACAGAACGACCAGACAACAGUAAAAUGAAGUUGGUGCUCCGAGACCUUCUCUUCAUCUUCUGUGCAGCCCAGACAAUAGGUGUCAGGAUCCAGUCAGACCCAGCAUCCAGCGGUGGUGUAAUACAGACAGAGCUGAAGACGACAGUGUCUCUGCUGUGCCAGCCCGAGGGCAGCGCCGAAACUGAGACUGAUGAAGAGCUGGUGUGGCUGAGAAACGGCGUUAUGGUCAGCCUGAAAGACGAUAAUAAAAUAGGACGCAGCAGCGUGUGCGUUACACCUGUUAUCUAUGAAGAUAACGAGGCUACGUUCACAUGUCACCUGAGCAACAAUGCCACACGGAGGGCCUCCAUCACCCUGAACGUCACAUAUCCUCCGGAGCUCUCUGGGUCAGCAGAGGUUUCUGUAGAGGACUCAGCAGACCUAAUCCUCAAUUGUGAUAUCUGGGCCAAUCCUCCAGUCUCGUCUGUGUUGUGGACACUGAAUGGAAGUGAAGUGGAUCUCGUAGCAGGUCGUUUCACAGUCAGUAACGAUGGCUUUACAGGUCGUUUGUCCAGCACAGGCAUUGAGAGAAGUCUCCAUGAGGGCGUUUAUCAAUGCACUGUGGUCUCUCCUAUGUAUGGAACAUUCAGCAAGUACUUUCAAGUCACAGUUACAGAAAAGACCAUUAAGUUUCCAUUGAUGCCCAUGAUAGCAGGGAUUGUGGUGGUCUGUCUAACGUCACUUCUGGCUGUAGUUGCUCGAUGGCGCACAUUCGUCAAGUGCUUCAAGUCAUGUAAAAACUAAAAGGCCUUCAACUACACCAGAAGAGCCCAAAAAAAAGUGCUGUUGGUUUAUAUUUGCCUUUUUUUUUAGAUUACAGUUUAGCAAAUGUGCAAUGACAUUUUGGUAGAAUGUGCUUUGGUGCUAUUUUUAACCUCGGUAGACAAGGUUAAAAAUAGUGGAGCAUAGAUCAAUUCACAGACGAGACCUUGUAUUAAUUUUAGAUUGUUUCCAUAACUGUGGACAAACCAUUGCACCAUUAAAUAAAUCACUAAGACUAAGACUAUUCAUAUUAGACCAUGAUACAAAUAAUAUUGUUAUAUUUUUUACCAGAUCACACAUUUUAUGUUAUAUUAAAGCAGACCUUUACAGAAUUAAUGUAAAGACCUAAGGUAAAAAUAUUUAUUUCAAAAAUACCUUUUAUUUACCCCUACAAAUUCCCUGUAACCCAUCUAUGUAAUUAUUAGGAAUCCAAAAGCUACGCCAAAUUUAAACACCUUAAUUAUCUAAUCUAAUCGUAGCCAAAUAAAGAUGAGAUUAUCCGUAAGACCAUUACUUUUCUGUUUUAAUGCACAAAUAAAUUACUUCUAACAUAACUUUAUUUUUGGGAGGGGUGAGGGGUUAUAGUUUCAGGAUGUAUUUGGUGUUGUUUGAUGACAACAUAUUGUAGAUGUUAAUUGGAAUAGCCUGGUGUUGUCAAGGCAUACGGUCCGUUGCCCAAUAAAUGUGUGUUUAAUUUUUUUAAAGUUAAUGUUAUAUUACUAUUUAAUGUUAAAAAAUGUCUUCUCCGGACAAUACAUGAAUAAAUAAUAGAUUGUUUUUUUUGUAAUUGCAAGAAUUUUAUAAACUAGUUAAAUGUCAAGAUAUACACUUAUUAUUGUUUGUCUAUAUGUUUUAUUCCCUUAUUUUAAACUUCCAGAAGGAUUCAAUAAAAUAUAUAUAUGUAUGAUAUAUGUAAUAUAUAUUGUAAUAUAUAUUCAAAAUCAUGCCUUGAUACAUUUGGCUGAUGUAUGCGGUGACUCUUUAAAGAAGUAGAACAACAAUACAAAAACCUGUUUAAUAAAUGUCAAACUCUUGGUGUCUGAACUUUAACUCCUGACUUAUGAUACAACCAAGGCUUGUUAAAAACAUGUUAUACAUUUACUCUUAAUGAGACCAAAAAAGGACAAGGACUACCAUGUCAUGUCAAGGUCAAGGUCUAAAGCUUUGUGAUCUUACCAAUAAAAAAUACCUUACAGCUUCACAUAAAACAGCAGGAUGAGCACGUUUGCCAGGAAGGCAGUUUCCUGAGGUGAGCAGUCGUCAUGGCAUCCUCAGUGAUGGAUGGAGUUGGCAGGGCUGUGGUGGGAGUGUGGCGGGCACAUACAGUUCUGGAUGAGUCUGAUGGUCCUGACAGCUCCCCAGAAGUCCCAGACCAUUUCCGCAAGCUUCGUUCUACGUCUUCACUCAACUCUCUGAGGAUGACGUUACGCAAACGUCUCCCACUUCGUUCGGUCCAGACCAACUCCCUUCCUGAGAAUCAGACUCAGACAAAGCCUAAGGAGCAACCAAAGCCAAGCACGAUGCGAAAACUAACACGAAGUGCACGGAAUUCUGUCACUGACCUCUACCAGAGGCUGCAAAAAUCGAAAGAGUUUUCACGUGAGGAUUGUUUGGUAGCAACCCCUGGCAAAGUCUAUGAUGAGGAGGGAAUGGAUGUUUCAAAUUCUCACACUCCAAGGUGCACCCCUGGUCGACGUGCAACACCCAGACGGACCCCGAGAUCGUCAUCCAGAUCUUGCCGUACACCAGGUUCUAGAGGAAAAAGAACCCCUGAGGCUGGAGUACGGGGAGUUAAAACAGGGGGAGGUAGGAGACAGUUGGUCCGAAUGGCAGCCCUGCGCAGCCCCUUUGCUUCACCCAACACCCAGAGCCAGAGGAUAAGGUUUGACAAAGAUUUGGAGUCGGUGUCUAGUGGACUCAGAAGACUUAAACAUCUGUCGAAGGCCUUUGAUGAAAUGAUUGGAAAAGACGACAGAACCAGCUCGUUGGCACAAUGUGGCGGAGCGCUGAUGAGAAAGCUGGAUCCCAGCGGUAAACUGUGUCGCUCCAACCUCACACGUCGAGCUACAAACCUUUCAAACACGGUCGAAGGUUGGGCCCACACCGCUGUGAACACUGUACGCAAACCCAACUAACCAACGUAAAUGUGUUGUGUAUCUGUGUAUGUAAAACGCAGGGCGUUUUUAGCCAUGUGUCUCAUUUAUCCUUGUUAGACUGUUACACACAUUAUUGUCGUGUUGAUACUCUAGAAAUGUCCCAUGUCUAUCUGUGCCUUCAUUUUCGUGUUAUGUUUAGAAGGCGACGCAUAGCGCCUAGAGUAGGUCUCGUGUUUACACAUCUAGGGUUAGCUUACAGUGGGUAAUAUACAGUAUCCUCUUUGUAACUACCAAAGGGUUUUCUUUGUGUACACAUUAUAGCUGCUACAACCAAAUGUGUAACCAAUCUGUUACAUUUUAAAACUAACACAUUUUUAGUUCAAUCUGCAUAAAAACAAAAUACUUUAAAAGAAAGACCAAAUGGUAUCUGCAGAACUAACGCAUCGUUUUCUGACAAAGGAAGGAUAAUUCUUUCCUUCUUCUACAUAUAGUAUAUAUGCAAUAAUUGUUACUAACGCGUUACUCUUUUUUUGUCAUUUGAUUGUGCCGAGUAGAAAAUGUGUUUUGUAUCAAAUUUGAAAAUUUAUAAAGCUUUGUAUGCGUUUUUAAUGGGAUUUGUGUGUUUUACAAUGUUUUAUGCAACUAUUGUGUUUGCAUAAAUUCUCUUAAAAUGUGAUUGGGAAGAGCUGGUGACUCAUUACUGUAAAAGAGGGACAUCAAAGGUGUUUUAAAGCCAUAUUCAAUAAGUUUCAAGUGUAAUGAAUCUCCAGCAAGCAGCCUAAAAUGAAACACAGUUUCUCAAAAAUGAAGCUGUGUUUAAAUGUGAAAAGAUGCAAUAAAACACUUAAGAUACGCUGA